AUGGAUGCAAAUGAUGGCGGCUACGGGACAGCCCAAUUGCCCCUGGCUGGUGCCAUCCUAUGUUGCACCUCUAUCGCCCCCGAGCAGCGCGCGAAACUCGCAGCUAUUGGCGCGCAGAUGGGCGCGACCAUCAAGCUCGACCUCACUUCGGACGUAACCCACCUCAUUGUUGGUAGCACCGACAGCGCCAAAUACCGCUAUGUCGCCAAGUCCCGCGACGAUGUCAAGGUCCUCUCACCAGAAUGGCUCGAGGCGUUGAGGGAGGUAUGGAUGGCGGGCGAUGACAACUUGGACAUGGCCGCGCUGGAAAAGGAGUACCGCAUGCCUACCCUCGCCGGGCUGAAGAUAUGCCUCACAGGCUUCGACAACCCUGAGCAACGAAAGAGCAUACAGGAGAAUGUAGACGCCAACGGAGCCGAGUACCACGGCGAUCUCACCAAAUCCGUCACCCACCUCAUCGCAGCGGCGCCAUCGGGCAAGAAGUACGAGCACGCCCUGAACUGGAGGAUGAAGAUUGUAUCGCUGGAAUGGCUCCAUCAGAGUCUGGAGAGGGGCAUGGUGCUGGACGAGACCCUAUACAACCCCACCGUGCCCGUUGAAGAGCGAGGGAUAGGUGCUUGGGAUCGCAAACUGCCCGCCUCGCCCGCUCCGGGCAAGCGUACACGAGAGGCAGAGCCAAGUCAGGCUCUGAAUCCUUUUCGAAGGAAGUUACGUCGCUCGGCGAGCACCAAGGUCGGCAGCCAAAGUGAUGCCUUCUGGGCAGGUAUCACAGCACCGAGUUUCGAACGACAGCUAGAGGAAGAUGAGUGGACAGAGGACAUUGUUACUAAGCCAGAUAGUACGCGCACAAGCACUCGUACACAUACUCCAGCGGCGUCCAUCCAUGAGAACGACAGGCUUACUGAAGCGCAACUUGAUGACCAUGCAGACAGUCAUGAACAAUCUUUGCCACCACAAUCUCACGACGCGUCCCAACAUGAUGGCAUUUUUGAGGGUCGCAUCGUAUGCACACAUGGCUUUGAUGCAGAGAAGACCAACAUAUUGCGGCAGCACCUGGAGAGCAAUGGCGCGCACGUAAUGCGAGCGACCGAUCUCAACAAUGCCUCCCCCAAAGAUCUACGGCGAGGCUACUUCGUAAUACCACAUGACGUUGAGGUCGAUGUGUCGGCCCUUCCGGAGUGUGCCGGUUCACACCUCAGUCUGGUCACUAAUUGGUGGGUCGAGCGCUGCCUCUACGGAAAACAUCUAGUAGACCCCGCGAGUGAUGUAUUGAGUCGACCAUUCGAAAAGCUUAGCAUUAGUGGGUUCUCUGCGCUGACCAUCAACUCUACGGGCUUUUCCGGCAUCGAGCUGCUGCAUGUGACAAAAGUUGUCACGCUUAUGGGCGCCUCGUACGAUGAACAGCUAUCUGCAAAGACCUCGGUUGUGAUCUGCAACCCUCCUACCGUAAACACCCCGAAACUCAAAUUCGCUACGGACAAGCGGAUACCCGCAGUUCACACGAGAUGGCUUUGGGACUGUCUGCGUAGUGGUCGGCUGCAAUCGUAUACCGAGUAUCAGUUGAACAAUCCAGCACUACCCCAGCCACAAAGAGCAAAGCAGAGACCUCAGCUCCAAGAUAGCGCGCCCGUUACGCCGUUUUCUGAAGAGGAAAGCCUAGAGCUGCGUCAGAAGAAGCAACAGCUCACCAAGAUCGUGACGAAGCCCCAAUGCCAACAACGGCCGCAACGGCCUGGUGCUCUUGCUCUCGCUCAAUCAGCAGAUGCCACACCUGCAUCAACGACAGACUCAGUGACUGACCCUAACGAUAAUGCUAACCGUACAACCUACGAUGAUGAAGAAUCUAUCAUACAUGGGUUAGACGGUGCAGGAUCAUACCCCCUCCAGGAAACCAGCGCCAAUUUCCCGCGCCGCCCAUCAACAUCUUCAAAUGCAUCAAAAUCGUUUUCACGACCCCGGAGCUCAUCCGCAGAGUCCCUCAUAGCUCCCGCACCCUGCAAGUCAAAGCUCGGUCAGAGCAACACUGCCCUAGAUUGCGCGGUUCCUGAUCCGAAACCCGACUCGGUGAUUCCGGCAGAUACCGAACCGCCGGCUCUACAGGAAGCACCAAAAGCAAAAGAGUCAAUAAAGGGACUAGGGUCAAUAAAGGAACCAGAAGAAGAAAAGGAUUACUCGUCAAUAUUAGCUCAGCUUCGCGCGAACCGCAAAGCUGCGCCAACGUCAGUUGAUCAAGCACCCGGUAAGCUCCGUCAAAGACGGCAAUUAGGUCGUGCCACGUCUACGCGGUCGAACGCGUCGGCCGGCGAUAGCUCGGGGAAUCUACUGGCUGAGGAAGAGCAUGAGAAUACAGUGCUUGUAGAAGAGUAUCAGCCUAGUCAGGAACUGGGUUGGGACUCUCCGGGUGCGGCGAAGGCGAGGGAACAGAUGAUCAGGAAGUUGGGUGGGACUGUACAAGACAAGAGCGUGGUGGUCGAAGGUAUCGGGGUUGUCAAGGAUGUAGGAGGUACGACGGGGAGGGCGGGCAGAAAGCGGAGAGGAUGA